AUGCUUAUGGAGGACAGCAGAGCUGGUCACCUCUCAUUCUGUACCAAGGUGUGCUAUGGCAUUGGGGGGAUCCCCAACCAGGUGGCCUCCAGCGCCACUGCCUUUUACCUGCAACUCUUCCUGCUUGAUGUGGCACAGAUCCCUGCUGCCCAGGUGUCACUUGUCCUGUUUGGAGGAAAGGUGUCUGGGGCAGCUGCUGACCCUGUGGCUGGGUUCUUCAUCAACAGAAGUAGGAGGACAGGGUCUGGACGACUCAUGCCCUGGGUGCUGGGCUGUACUCCCUUCAUCACGACGGCCUACUUCCUCCUGUGGUUCCUGCCCCCCUUCACCAGCUUGCGGGGCCUCUGGUACACCACCUUCUACUCCCUGUUCCAGGCCCUGGCCACGUUCUUCCAGGUGCCCUACGCGGCGCUCACCAUGCUCCUGACCCCCUGCCCGAAGGAGCGGGACUCGGCCACCGCGUACCGGAUGACCAUGGAGAUGGCGGGGACGUUGAUAGGGGCCGCCGUCCACGGCCUCAUCGUGUCGGGCGCCCACGGGCUGCACAGGUGCGAGGACGCCGCGCUCCCCGGACCGGUCGCCGUCUCUCCCGACGCGACUCGUCUCUACUCCAUUGCCUCCGCUGUGGUUGCUGUGACCUACCCUGUGUGCAGUAGUUUGCUCUGCCUAGGGGUGAAGGAGCGACCAGGCUCCUCCGUCCCAGCCUCAGGCCCAGGCCCGAGCUUCCUGGCUGGGCUGGUGCUCACUGUCCGGCACCCACCUUACCUGAAGCUGGUCAUCUCCUUCCUGUUCAUCUCAGCAGCCAUUCAGGUGGAGCAGAGCUACCUGGUCCUGUUCUGUACACAUGCCUCCCGGCUACAUGACCAUGUCCAGGGCGUGGUGCUAACCAUCCUGGUCUCAGCUGUGCUGAGCACGCCGCUGUGGGAAUGGGUUCUACAGCGAUUUGGGAAGAAGACAUCAGCCUUUGGGAUCUGUGUGAUGGUGCCUUUUGCAAUCCUGUUGGCUGCUGUGCCCACAGCACCUGUGGCAUAUGUGGUGGCCUUUGUAUCUGGCAUGAGCAUUUCUGUGUCCUUGCUGCUACCCUGGUCCAUGCUUCCAGAUGUGGUGGAUGACUUCCAGCUGCAGCACCAGCACGGCCCAGGCCUGGAGACCAUCUUCUACUCAUCCUAUGUCUUCUUCUCCAAGCUUUCUGGUGCAGGCGCCCUGGGCAUCUCCACUCUCAGUCUGGAGUUUGCGGGGUAUGAGGCAGGAGCCUGCAAGCAGGCGGAGCAGGUGGUGGUGACCCUCAAGGUCCUCAUCGGCGCCGUGCCCACCUGCAUGAUCCUCACCGGUCUGUGCAUCCUCAUGGUCAGCCCCACUCCAAAGGUGCCCAGCCAGAACUCCUCCCACCGGCUGAGCCUUCAGAGGCGGACCAGCUACACCCUUGCUUGAAGUCUGAGCUUGCAUGGGCUGGAACAGCAGGAGCCAGCAUCUUCUGGGCUCGACGUUCCUCUUUCUUCUCGGCCCCUUAGCAUACUUACUUCGAAGGUUACAUGCGACCCAUCUUUUCCCCUGGGAUAUGGAGUCUUCAGUGACAUCUCCUGAAGGGACCAGCCUGGUCUCCAGUUCCCUCAGCCGUCAUUUCUUGCCUGUUGACCACAGACCAGGUCAGAUAGGCCUGUGCCCCUGACCACCCAGCUCCAGGUAACCUUGACCUGGGAAGCAUCCCAAUAGCAGCUAUUCCUGGAAAAAGGAAGCCCACAACCUGCUCACCCAACAGGACAGACACACAGACCUCUUGUUCCUCCUAAUACUCCAGUAGACAUCGGAGAGAGAGGCUGACAGACAUCGCACGAAUGGGCAGAGUGGGGACAGAUGGACAUGCUGGUGAUGUCACGAAAAGAGACACAGACAGAUGCACUGAGGCCAACAGACCCCAGAGGGAGCACAUGGGGACAGCAGUGGGGUGAGGAGACCGAGCAGGCCGCCAGAGGCGUUUCUCAAGCCUUUCUCUUUUGUUCAGAUAACACUGUUUCUGGAAAUGGACACAGGCCGAUAUGGAGCCAUCAAAGAUCAAUCAUUUUUAUGAACAAAAGUUCUUUUUGUGGAAAUAUUUUUUUGAAAUGGUAUCUUAUAAAAAGCACAGGGACCACAGUUUUCUAAAGGCCAUAUCUUUGAGGAAGAAAGAUCCACUGAGGUUUAUUUUUUCAAAAAAAAAAAUUAAAAGGUUUAUCUUCUAU